AUGUACAUGGAUAGGCAAGUUCCUAUCACUGCCAAGUGCAGCUUGACUUGUCCAUGCAGGAAUGCUCCUUUUGGGGAUGCUGGGACAACACCAGUGCAACUCAAUCACGGCGAGGAAUUGCCUAGCGAACUCCCUUGGACCCAAACAACCCCACCUACACUCGGACUCGCGAGGGAGAGCAGCGCUCAGGUCUCGCUCAGGCUUAUGCAGUACGCACCGCCGUUGGUUGUGUUAACACUUGCGUCCUGUGCACACCCAAGAGCACCUACAAGCAACCAUAAGGACGCAGCCAAAGGUCCGAACGUUCCAGAACAUGCUAGGCUGGGAGAGCACUCACCAGGGGCGGAGCAGAAUUGGCCGAUAGGGUUGUCUGCGAUAGCGACCCCAGCCAUCACUGCGACGUACACGAUAAUCGUGAGAGGUCUAAGGUCUGAAUUGAUUGAGUCGACAGCUGGUACUCGCCCUCGCAUUUAUACUACGUGCCAGCACGCACGAAGCAACGACCCUUUCUGCCUUCGUGCUGCUUGUGCUUUUCUCGACCUUCUAUCCUGCUCGUACAUUCAACAAGACUUCUGGGACGCUGUCCUGAUAGCCGUUUAUCCCACCCAACAUUCAAAAUACGACGACCUGUUAACCAAUGCCAUUCAGCUGCUCGAUUACGCUGAGUGGCCAAACGACAGUCAUCUAGCAGGCUCCCCGCUACCUAGCAUUCAGCGUCUGGUACUCCUUGCGUUGCCGGCACCGUCGCUCGACAAUCCCCCACAGUAUAUUCGUUACUGCCAUGUACUCAUUGGCUACAUGGGUUCAGAUAAACGCAAUGAUUGCAGACAUAGCGCCUUACUUAGAGCCUAUGAUCUCAGAGAUCAUCUGGCUAAGAUCAUUGCUGGCGGAGUGGAUACGCCAUUACGAGACAUGGUGCUCUCCGAACUCUCCCCAGCUCUCCUCACCGCAGUUCAUCCAGACACCUUCGACGCCGACCAUGAUAUCUACUAUCUCUGUCUCGUGUUCGCUCUUGCAAAUACUCCCGACUGGCUCCCUCACUUAGACAAAGACGGCCAUAUCGGGAGGUGCAUCAGAACCAUUCCUGAUUCUUGGGACCAGCCUCAUGAGUCCCACUUUUACCUUGCUGGAAUCUUCCUCCGCAUCCAACUUGCUCGCCCAGAGCAUGUCGCUCCUCAGCUUGUCACGAUCACGAGCAAACAGUGGUGGAAUCUCAUGAGGAUGGCAUGGCAUUUCGUCAGUGACGAUACCUUAUCUUCCGCUGAUUUUUCCAAGUUCCUUGAUGCACUUGUCACGCGCACAAAGACAUAUAUUUCACACUGUAUCUCAAAGCAUGAGCUCCAAUCCCUCCUGAAGGAUUUGGACAGCGUUAAGCUUUCGAGGAUUUUAUCGGACAAGGAAGAAUCCGCAAUGGAAGAGACAAUGAUGAAAACGACAAUAGCACCGGCGGCACAGGAGUAUAGACUGACGACAAACGCGAACAAGGAACUUGCGAGGGCCAACAUUGGUUGGGUUGAAGUAAUCACUAGUUGGGAAAAACACGUUCGGUUUCGCAGAUAUUCUGUGGACCUUGCUGUUCGGCUGUAUUACUAUCACUACAUUCCAUAUGUAGUGUCUACGUGGAAAGGUCACGGUGUCUCCACAUUAAGUGAUGCAGAUUUCGGCAACAUGGCGGAUGUGUGGCCAGACAUGGAGUCCCUAUCUUUGAAGAGCGUGGGUUCAGAGAGACAACGGGAGCCCACGUUCCACUCACGUCAACAAGGAGCCUGCGCAAAAAAAGGAUAA